CUCCGCCUCUGAGGCUGUCUGGCCCAGGGCGGUUGCGCGCAAAAGUGACAGACGGGUAGCAUUUGCAGAGCCUCGCUUUACUGCUGCUUUCCGUCACCUCCCUGAGCACCCGGCAUCAUGCUGCGGGUCUGUCAGCGCGCGGGAAGCACAGCGGCUCAGAAUUGUCUGUGUGGCAAAACUUCACUCCGUCCAUUACGUUUGGGUCGCGGAUAUGCUACAUCUGGACAAUCUGGUGUUUCUGCAGGCAAAAUCAUUGGAGCCAGUGUUCUGUUUGUUGGUGGUGGAGUGGGUGGAACUAUUUUAUAUGCUAACUAUGAUCCACGCUUCCGAGAAAAUGUAGAGAAGACUAUCCCUUAUUCCAGCAAUCUCUUUGAAAUGAUACUGGGUUCUCCUUAUAGUAUCCCAACACCAAAGAAGCCAAUACAGUCGGGUCCAUUGAAAAUCUCCUCUGUAACAGAGGUAAUGAAAGAAUCCAAGCAGCCUGCUGCCAAAUCUACAAAGAGUAAAACAGAGGUACCCUCAGCUGCUAGUGAAGAAAAAGAAGCAUGUUCAGAAGUAGCUCAGAUAAUCUCAGCAACAGGUGAAGCUUUGUCAGUUCCAGCUCCAGGGAUGCAGGAGGCGGAACAAAGCAAAAGUCAUGCACCUCUUGAAGGAAAACACAAGCCUCCUGACUUAGGUGAAAAACGCAGCCAUGGAGAUUCCACAGUUGUAAAAGAGAGGCCACCUGAGGAGGUUGCAGCUCGUCUUGCACAGCAAGAUAAAGAGGAACAAGAGAGGAUUUCUGCUCUUGCAGCAACCUUGGAAAGUGCUUUGAAUAGUACUGCUCGUGUAACUGUGCAUGCAAUAACACUCCAGGAGGCUGCUGUGCAGGCUGUCAAUCUUCAUACCCAGAAACUAAAAGAGGCUAUGGAUAAUUCUGAGGUUCCAAGUGAUAAAAAGACAACUCAGUGGAGAACAUUGGAAGAAGCAUUGAAGGAUCGUAGAAAAGCUGUGGACGAAGCUGCAGAUAUCCUUUUAAAAGCCAAAGAAGAAUUGGAGAAAAUGAAAGGGGUGAUUGAUGAUGCCAAGAAGUCUCAGAUUCCUGGGGCUAAACAGCAUAUCCUAGCUGCAGAAGAGAACCUUCGUCAUAUGAUAGUUGAUCUGGACAGUGUGGUCAAAAAGGUGCAAGCAGCUCAGUCAGAGGCUAAAAUAGUAACUCAGUACCAUGAGCUUGUUGCCAAAGCAAGAGAAGAAUUUCAGAAAGAGCUUGAUAGUGUUACUCCAGAAGUUCAACCUGGCUGGAAGGGGCUGAAGAUAACUGAUCUAGCUGGCCAGCUGACAACAGACGACUUGAACUCUCUCAUCGCUCAUGGUCAUCGACGUAUAGACCAACUCACCAGGGAGCUGGUGGAGCUGAGAGUCCGAGAACAGCAACACAUUGAGACAGCCCUGGCAAAGCAGAAACUGGAAGAUAAAAAAGCUUUUGAGUUGGCAGUUGCAAAGGCACUAGAACGUCAUAAGAGUGAAAUCCAGCUUCAGCAGGAAAAGAAGGUUGAAGAAGCCCAAGAAGUUAUGGAGAACGAAAUGAGGACUCAGCUUCGCCGGCAAGCUGCUGCACAUGCUGAUCACCUGAGAGAUGUUCUCAGGAUUCAAGAGCAAGAACUCAAGCUGCAGUUUGAACAGAACUUGUCAGAAAAACUCUCUGACCAAGAAAUGCAAUAUAAACGCCUUACUCAGGAGCAGCUUGACAACUUCACUCUGGAUAUCAACACAGCCUAUGCCAGGCUGAGGGGAAUUGAGCAGGCAGUUGAAAGCCAUGCUGUUGCUGAGGAGGAAGCCAGGAAGGCCCAUCAGUUGUGGCUUUCAGUUGAAGCUCUAAAGCAAAGCAUGAAAACUGCUUCUGGAGACAGCCCCACUGAGCCUCUGGAGGGUGCAGUAGAAGCCAUCCAAGCCAGCUGUUCUGACAAUGCAUUCACCCAGGCCUUAACAGCUGCACUUCCUCAGGAAACGCUAAGUCGAGGAGUGUAUACAGAAGAGGCGUUAAGGGCACGCUUCCACGCUAUCCAAAAGCUGGCUAAGAGGGUGGCCAUGAUAGAUGAAACAAGAAACAGCUUGUAUCAGUACUUCCUGUCGUACCUUCAGUCCCUUCUCUUGAUUCACCCUCAGCAGCUGAAGCCGCCUUCUGAGCUUGGCCCUGAAGACCUGGACACAUUUAAGUUGCUCUCUUAUGCAUCCUAUUGUAUUGAACAUGGAGACCUCGAGCUGGCAGCUAAAUUUGUCAAUCAGUUGAAAGGGGAAUCCAGGAGAGUGGCACAGGACUGGCUGAAUGAAGCUCGGAUGACGCUAGAGACAAAACAAGUGGUGGAUAUCCUGACUGCCUAUGCCAGUGCUGUGGGUUUGGGAACAACUCAGGUGGACUGAUGUAGAUUAGCUAUGCAAGACUACUAAUGUCUUCAGAACCACUCAAAUGCAAGCUUUGUAACAGUGCUGGGAAAGAAAUCACAGAUUAGAUCUAGAAGAUUUCAAAAACAUACCAGAAUUGUGAUGUCACUUGGCAAGAAGUGGUAUUUUGUCUCCUAGUGCUCUUCUCACUUAGCACCUGUAUCUUUUUCCCCCUCAGCCAUUUAUCAUGUCUGGAAUUUUUUUUGCAACUUACAUAACAAAAUUUUGUUUCCAGGUAUUACUGAUCAGGCUUGUGAGCCAACCAAAAUAAUGUUUAUAACCUCUAUUAUUGAUUUGCCACUUGGUGCAAUUAAACAAACGGUGUUAAAACCCA